CUCGGGCCGGGCUUCCGAUUUCACCCGACCGAUGAGGAAUUGGUGCAGUAUUACCUGCGGCGAAAAUCAAGCGGUAAAGGUUUCCGAUUCGACGCUAUCACUGAUGUCGAUGUUUACAAGGUCGAGCCCUGGGAUCUCCCAUUGGAAUACGAAUUUGUGCCUUUUGCUUUACAAAGAUGCCAAUUGUUUAUGGAUGUGAUAUCGCGAUUUCAGUACCCCGAGAUAAGUGAUUAGUGGAAAUCAAUGAUCGGGCUGAAUUUCGCGUAGGUGGCUUGUUGAAUCGGGAUUGAGAGGUGAAACAAGUCAAACCCCCUGAAAUUUUGAUUGUCAGUGAAGAUGGUGAAUAUAGAUAUUUGUUCAAUUUCUUCUUCUGUAUAAAUAAUUGGUGGAAAUCCCUAUUUUUUACAGUUAUGUUUUGUUUUUAUAUUGCUACGAAUGUUGCUGGAUGCGGCUACAUGGCUCUAUAUGUUUAUAUGCACGAUUUAACUAGUAGCUAAUUUUACUCCUCAUGGAUGACUGUAGCUUUUAUGUGAUUUUGGGUGUUUUAGAUAUGUCAAAGAUGAAGAACAGGGAUUUGGAGUGGUAUUUCUUCAGUUUUCUGGACAAGAAGUAUGGCAAUGGAGCCAGAACAAACAGGGCAACUGAAAAAGGGUAUUGGAAGACAACAGGAAAGGAUAGGCCCAUUUAUCAUAAAAGGCAGAUUGUUGGUAUGAAGAAAACUCUUGUGUAUCAUUGUGGACGGGCCCCCAAGGGUCAGAGGAGUAACUGGGUCAUGCACGAGUACAGGCUUGCUGCCUCUGAGUCGGAGACUGCUAAAGUUGCUAAGGACUCGUUUGUGGUAUGCCGAAUCUUUAAAAAGAGUGGCUCAGGUCCAAAGAAUGGUGAGCAGUAUGGUGCACCAUUUGUGGAAGAGGAGUGGGAUGAUGAUGAGUUCGAAUUGAUCCCACAGGACGAAACUACACAUGAAAUUGACUUUGGUGAUGAUACCUAUAUGGACGAACUUAAGCAGAUUAUUGAGUCAGAUGUUCCGUUGAACAUGACUCCUGUCAGCUCAGAUGGCAGCCAUGAUUGCGAGGCCAUUGAAACUUUUAGCCAUCAGCAGUUUCAGAUUAUUGAGUCAGGUGUUCCGUUGAACAUGACUCCUGUCAGCUCAGAUGGCAGCCAUGACUGCGAGGCCAUUGAAACUUUUAGUGGUACCCAAAAUCCCUUCGAGUCAGCAGGUGAUAGCUAUUGUCAACCCAAGAUUUGUUAUGACCAGAACAUACCAAAUUGGCCUGCUUCAUAUGAUACGGAGGCUAUACCAGUCAAUCACGCGGACCUUGGUGAAUGCAGCAAAUCUGGGAACUCUGAUGAUCUUAGUUUCUUGCUUGAUGAACCCUUCCUCGAUUCCUUUGAAAAAUUCCUAAAUGAUGAUGAUGGAUUCAUUGAAGCUAAUGAUCUCUCAAAACCCCAUGAAACUAAUACUGGUGCUUUUGAUAUGCUUGCGGAGUAUCUUGAUGCUGGUGAUGAUGAUAGCUCGCUCUACUUUGCUUGCGAUCCUUCUGUGAUCUUCGGAAAUGAGGAUCUUGCUUCCAACCAGACAUUGCUUCCUCAGAUGAACAUGAGCAAUGGAACCCAGCAAGCAACGUUGCCAAGUGGACCACUUAUCGACAAUAAUAACUUCAAUGCUGUGUUUUCACCUGAGAAGCAAGCAUCUACAGAGUCUCAUUCAGAUUUCCAGCAACAGUAUAUCAAUCAGGCAAGUCGAAUGCUGGGGGAUAUCAAUGCUCCACCAGCAUACGCUGCAGAGUUUCCCUCCAAAGAUACAAUGCGUCGUCUCAAUUCUGUUCUGCGAUCUCCCAGUUCUGUGCAUGUUAGCGGCAGCACAAUUCAAGUAAGAAACUCGACUAUGGGCACUAAAGGCACAGAUCAGUCCUCCGCCAACCACAAGGACUUCAACAUCGUCCUCUCUUUCGGCUUCUCACAUGCUGAUGACGGUUCUUCAAGCUUGGAAUCGAGUGUUCACAUUGUCCCAGGGAAGACUGUUGCUGCGAUCUCUCGGGGCUGGCUCUGCUUCAUAUUUUUCUGGAUCCUAAUCUUCUCAAUGAUGAGCUUCAGGUUUGGGAACUAUGUAGGCGUCAAGUGAAGUGGCUUGAUACUGAAUUCAUAAACACUUGCCAGAUUCAUUACUUAUAUCACUGCAUAACCCAAAUCUUAUCAUUUUUUCUUUAGUUUUUGUAGUGGUUAGUAUAUAUUUAUAUGCAUAUAUAGGAAUGAGUAGAAUCUGGUUUGACUGAGAAUGUAUUUAUUUAAACCCAAACAUGAUAUGGCUGAACUCUCUCUCUUGUGUGUGUGAAAAGAGAUACCAUUUCUGCAAA